CCCAAUUGAAAAUGGGCAAAACGGUCAUUUUGCUUUUGCGUAACCGUGUUGGUCGUCGUCCUUCAGGGUCAAAUCUGACUUUUCAUAUUGCUGGUUUCCCAAACCGACGGAGUUGUGGCACAUCGUUAGCUUUCAAAUCACCAAAGAUUUAGGAAACGUAGAAGGGGCGAUGACCAUCCAUCGUUGUCCAACACGUGGCACGUUUCUAUACGUUGGAUUUUGUUUAUUUAUUGGCUUAUUUUUUUAUAAUUACUGCGUAUUUAUGUUCUUGCAGAAUUGAGGAUUGACAUUGACGCACGCUAUAAGGGAGAAGCUUCUGAGUUGGUGCGUGUGGUCGGGCUGUCAAUUGGACAGCCCCAUUUUAUUGAACAAAGUCCAAUUCCAGGGGUUGGUGUCAUUGUAGUCUUUUGCAUCCUGGGUGAUCAUCGAAUUCACAUGAUUGAUAUCCGUGUUGGGUUGAAUGAAGAUUGCUUGAUAUUGGUAUGAGAGAUUUUUGUGGUAUUGUUUGUCAAUUAUGGGUUCCAUGUCCGGAAUCCUUCAACGCCCUCUUAUUGCCGCCACUGCCGUUGCUGUAGCUUCUGUCUCCUCUGAUCUAUCCGACAAAUUGCAGCCUCUAAAGUCAUCUGAAACUAGUUCUACCUUGAAACCGAUUUGUGAUAGUCCGGCACAAGAAUCAAAGUCAUCAUGGGUGUCUCACAUAUCUCUCUCCAAGCUUUCAAAUUUCUCCUUUGUUUCAAGGGUUAGGGUGCCUGUACCUCAUAUUAAUUAUUAUCCAGUUCCUACUUCGCCUUCCGGUUUUGCUCCAAAUUUGUUAUCUUCUUCAGUUGUUUCUUCCCCAACUCUGCUCAAUUUAUAUCAGUCUGCGGAGUUGGCCAAAGCCCCAAAGCCAACUACAUUUAAACAUAGUAUACCUGCCUUGGCCUCUGAUGUUUUGUAUAGAUGGCAUUUACCGGACCCUAAUGCUUGUGAUGUUUUGGAGGAUUCUGAUUGUUCAUCGGUGAAGUCUAGGACAGUGGUAGUUUUGCUUGGAUGGUUGGGAGCGAGGCAGAAACAUUUGAAAAGAUAUGCAGAGUUGUAUACAUCAAUGGGGUUUCAUGCUAUUACUUUUACUUUUCCCAUGGCUGAGGUUCUUAGUUACAAGGUUGGUGGAAAAGCCGAGCAGAAUGUAGACUUGCUUGUAAACCAUCUGGCUGAAUGGCUAGAAGAGGAGCAUGGGAAGAACUUGGUUUUUCACACUUUUAGCAACACCGGAUGGUUAAUAUAUGGAGCCAUUCUGGAGAAGUUUCAGAAGCAGGAUCCAUCUUUAAUGGGAAGAAUUAAGGGUUGCAUUGUGGAUUCAGCUCCUGUUGCAGCCCCCGACCCACAGGUCUGGGCCUCUGGAUUCUCUGCUGCAUUUCUGAAAACGCGUAGUGUUGCUACAAAAGGAACUAUUAGAUAUGAUGAAUCAGGCAUGGAGGAAUUUGUUGACAGGAAAGCUGUUGCAGAACCCAAACCUGCGAUAACUGAAGCUGCAUUGCUAGUAGUUCUAGAGAAGUUCUUUCAGGUGGUUUUGAAUCUUCCUUCAGUUAACAGGAGGCUCUCUGAUGUGCUGGGGCAACUGUCAUUGGGACAACCCAACUGUCCACAGCUAUACAUAUACAGCUCUGCAGACAGAGUCAUCCCUGCAGGGUCCGUGGAAAUGUUCAUAGAAGAGCAGCGGAAGGCUGGGCGUGAGGUCAGGGCAUGCAACUUCAUCUCAACACCCCAUGUGGAUCAUUUUCGAAAUGACCCUAAACUCUAUACUUCCCAGCUCACCCAGUUUCUGGAUGACUAUGUGCUCAACAGUUGCAAGUGUUCUUCCUAAAUCAGAUGACUAAACCACCAUUGAUCCUGACUAUCAUUUUUUUUUUUUUCCCCAUAAAUUAUACAGACACAGCUUAUACUUCAUUCGUUGGUGUAGAGGUUGUUGCAUGCAACGAGCUGAACAAUAGGCCAUUAACCAUUCUUUGAGCUUGGUUAGAUGUGAUAAAAACUUGUCAAAUAUCAAAUAUGUGAACAGUUAUAAUUCAUCCAAUACAAAUCAGUCUUUGAAGGAUUAAUUCA